ACUAUUUUUUUUCCAAUUGACAUUUAUGAUGAACGUUUCGUCAACAACCGAACAUAUUGCUAAAUCGAACGCUCUUUUUCUUUUUUAGCGGGUCUUCUAUACAUGGGAGGAAGAUAAAAGAAACAAAACAAAUAUGGCAGAUGUUGACAUUCGUCUGGCUAGUGCACGUGGUAGAGAAAAGUCCACGCAAGAUGAUGAAAUCAACAAUCUUGUCACUCCUGGCGAUGUUAUAACAGCAGACACAGGUUUUAUGCGUGGCCAUGGCACAUACAUGGAUGAGAAGUUACAUGCCUCUGUGGCUGGAAUCGUGCAACAUGUCAACAAGCUGAUCUCAGUGAAGCCAUUAAAAACAAGGUAUAAUGGUGAGGUGGGAGAUGUUGUGAUUGGGCGGAUCCUGGAAGUCUGUCAGCGUCGGUGGAAGGUGGAGACGCACUCUAAACUGGACUCCAUUUUAAUGUUGUCGUCUGUGAACCUUCCAGGAGGUGAACUUAGACGGCGAUCAGAGGAAGAUGAAAAGAUGAUGAGACAUUAUCUGAAGGAGGGCGAUCUCAUCAGUGCAGAAGUACAGAACGUCAUGAAUGAUGGAUGUCUGUCACUUCAUACAAGAAGUCUUAAAUAUGGAAAGCUAGGUCAAGGAACAUUACUCCAAGUUUCUCCUUCCCUAGUGACAAGACGUAAAACUCACUUCCACAAUCUACCAUGUGGGGCUUCGAUCAUUCUUGGCAACAACGGCUACAUCUGGAUUUCACCGACCGUGAACGAGGAGACGGACAACACUGGAGGAUACGAUCAGAAACUCGAUCCGGUGAGCCCAUCGGACCGUGAAGUGAUAGCUCGACUCACAAACUGUGUGCUGGCACUCGCAGAACAUCUCAUGAUGCUGCACGACACCAGUGUGCUGUAUGCAUUUGAAGCAUCUCAGAAGUACCGUGCCAAAGACAUACUCAAACCAGAAGUGAUGGCAGAGAUCGCCGACCUCACACGACAGCGACUGGAGCUCGAGGGAACAUAGCUGUGACUGUUAUUCAAAACGUUUCUAACACAUCUGUAAAUAAACAUCUCAUUCUGUGA